AUGCCAGACGUUGAACCCAUUGUGAUUAUCGGUGCUGGGGUGAUCGGUUUGACAACUGCUGUGAGAUUGAUCGAAUCUCCUCUAUACGCUACAUCCAAACACCCUAUCCACAUUCUGGCCAAUCACCUUCCCAAUGAUCCACUAGACCCAUACUACGCUUCGACCAUUGCGGGUGCCCAUCACCUGAGUUUUGCGGAUGAUAAUGACACAAGGCAGAGGAGGUAUGAUACUCGAACGUUUCAAGUGAUGUAUGACGAGUGGAAGAAGGAGGGUGAGAAGACUGGGUUGAUGCUACUGAAACAAACAGAGUACUACGUUGGAACGGAUAGUCAUCUCAAGGUGUAUGAAGGUCACCCUGAUUUCACAAUCCUUGACAAAUCUACCUAUCCCACAUCUAUCGAUCAUUCUAUUUCUUUCACAUCACUCACCAUGACCCCAUCCGUCUAUCUGAACCGUCUCCUCAAAAGACUAGAAGGGAAAAUUCAGAUACAUCGAUAUCAUCUUCCCUCUUUAUCCCAUCUUAAGCACCCGUCAUGUACUGCUCUGAUACGAUCGACGUCACCACUAGCAGUCUUCGUAUGUACCGGUAUUGGAGCUUUGACUCUGGGAGGUGUAGAAGAUACCGAUGUUUAUCCUACUCGUGGUCAAGUAAUAAAGCUGAGAGCUCCAUGGAUGAGAUCAGGAUGGACGAGACAAGUGGGAUCUCUAGACGGAGGGGAAGGAGGUGAGAGAACCUAUAUCAUUCCAAGAUAUAACGGCGAGGUGAUCAUCGGAGGAACAAGGGAACAAAAUGACUGGUACCCAUAUCCUCGUGAGGAAACAACAGAAGAUAUACUCAAGAGAGCUCAGGAGAUCUGUCCCGACCUGGUACCUCCAUAUACAAAAGGCAAAGAAGACCACGAUGAAUCCCCCUUGAAAGAACUUGUUGAAGGCGUUUUAGUUGGAUUCAGACCGUCCAGAGAAGGUGGUAUCAGAGUGGACAUAGGCGAUGAUUUGUACCUAGGCAAUGACAAGGUCAAGGUGGUCUAUAAUUACGGUCAUGGUGGUGCAGGAUGGCAGAGCUGCUGGGGCACUGCUGAAGAUGCCGUAGAGCAGCUUAUAAAAUCGUUAUAA